ACUGAAAACGCUGGAGUUCCUUCACUAAGCCUGAGCUGCAGCAAUGCCCGGAGACGCCACCCACUGGGACGAAAAUGCCUACAGGGAAAGCAUAUUGAAGGAGAGGGAGAUUGAAACCGGAACUGUCUUUAGAACCGCUUGGGCUCCCACACGAAACCCUAACCCGGAUGUCCUCGUUGUUGCGUCCAGUGACGGAUCCAUUGCCUCCUAUUCUAUCCCUUCUUGCAUUUCCAAUCUCCCGUUUGGUUUUACCAACAUAAAGACACAAAAAUUGUUUGCUGAACCAACUUGCUUCUUUCAAGGGCACGAUGGACCUGCUUAUGAUGUCGAGUUUUACGGGGAUGAUGAAGAUUCUCUGUUAUUGAGUUGUGGCGAUGAUGGUCGGAUUCGGGGAUGGAGAUGGAAGGAGCUUGCUGGAUCAAAGGAUUCAUCAUCUUUGCUUGGAAGUGACAUCAAGCCUUUACUUGACCUAGUGAAUCCUCAGCACAAAGGUCCUUGGGGUGCUCUUUCGCCUAUUCCUGAGAAUAAUGCUAUUGCUGUUGACACCAAGGGAGGAUCUGUUUUCUCUGCUUCUGGUGAUUCUUGUGCAUAUUGUUGGGAUGUGGCAACUGGUAAAGUGAAAACUGUUUUCAAGGGGCACUCGGACUACUUGCAUUGUUUAGUUGCCCGAAACUCAGCCAGUCAGAUUAUAACAGGUUCAGAGGAUGGGACUGCACGAAUCUGGGAUUGCAAAAGUGGAAAGUGUAUCAAAGUGAUUGAUCCUGCAAAAGAUUUGAAGUCAAAAGGAUUUGUUUCAUGGAUUAGUUCUGUCGCUUUAGAUGCAAGUGAGAGCUGGUUGGCUUGUAGCUAUGGUCGGAGUAUAUCGCUCUGGAAUCUGCCUGCUUCAGAAUGCAUAUCAAAGACUUCAACGGGUUCUUCUGUACAGGACAUGUUAUUUGACAACAAUCAAAUAUUGGCAGUUGGUGCAGGUCAUCUACUUAAUCGAUUUGACAUGAAUGGUGCGAUCCUUUCGCAAAUACAAUGCGCGCCUCCAUCAUCUUUUUCUAUCUCCUUACAUCCAUCAGGGGUCAUGGCAGUUGGAGGUUGUGGAUGUCUUGUGGAUGUUAUCUCCCAAUUUGGAAGUCACAUGUGCACAUUUCGCUGCCGAAGUCUUUAAUCUGUGGUGCCUUUUAUUUUGAAGAAUAUUUGUAGGCUGCGCUUGUUUCAUUGAGUAGUGAAGUUAAGGAGAUUUCCCAUUACCCGUUUUCCUGGUGCAUAUCUUAUGGAACGGAGAAAUUUAUGUUCACCGGAAAGUCAUAACUAAAUUACUCUUGCCUUAACUUGGUUGCAGUUAAAUAUUAUAAUCCACGGUGAUUACUUUAAGCAAUACCGUCUUCCCUUCAA